AUGCAAUGUUUGGAUCACGGUCUAAAGACUGAACUGAGUAGGGAUGAUGAUGAUGAUGAUGAUGAUGAUGAUGAUGAUGAUGAUGAUGAUGAUGAUGAUGAUGAUGAUGAUGAUGAUGAUGAUGAUAUGAAAAAUGGUCAAAUCGGCGUUAGUGCAUCCGUUUUUAUAUUUUCUAAUAAUUAUUCACUACCAUCUUUUGAAUUUUUCUCUAAUGUUAUUUACUAA